UAUUGUAAAUACCAGCCCAUUUUAACCAACUGUGCGUUUAAUUCAAACGAAACGUUAAUUAUCAUUGAGAGAAGGGAUUUUAACAGACGACAGUAGAAGUGACCGAUUAAAACGAGACAUUUGAUUGGUUGAAGUGCUCUUGUGGUUGAUCUUUGACCUCUUGCCGUUUUUUUUUUUAUCACUCAUUUAUUUUUUCAAACGUUUGCACCUGUCCAAUGAUACACAUAUCUUUCGAAUUUGGUAGUAUAUUGGUUAUAGAAGUCCCACGCAACAAAAACGGACUGUGGAGCAUUUAAAGGAUUAAUUAAAUUUAUUUCGAUGGAUGUUUCGUUGCGGAACCUUUAAAACAGUGGCACAUUUUUAAGAUUAUAAUGUUUUUACAUUAAAGUGAUAUUUGAAAAAGAAAUAAAAUGUGAAUUUUAUUUAUAUUAACGUGGGAUGUUUAUUUUCUCAUUACGAUGUUGGAUUAAUAGUUAAUUAUGAUGAUUCAAGAGAUAAUUUCGACAGUACUGUUACUAGCUGUGAUAAAGGUAACUGGAGCAAACAGAAUUACAAUCGGUAAAGAUGCAGAACUAAAAUGCAAGGAAUGGAAGAAAAGCUGUACUGAAGGCAGUUUAUGUGUAAUACAACACCUAUCAUGGCCAAUGAAUAUGUCAUUUCCCAUUUGUGUCCCGGAAAGUGAAAUCUCGGGUAUGUUGAUACAAGUUAAAUUGAGAAUUUGUCAAAAACCUCCACAACCGGGAAACUGUGGAGCAAGAUGGGUACGUUGGUAUUUCAAUACUCACAUUCAAAAAUGUAGCUGGUUUUAUUUUCAAGGCUGCAGAGGAAAUGAAAAUAACUUUAAAUCAAAGACUGAAUGUGAAAGCGAAUGCAUGCCUAAUCAACAAACUAAUGUAAUACAGAAACCAAUGAUCGGUUUAGGUUCAAACGACCCUGUGGUGGUUACACAACCUAUUAAGUCACCUGACUACUCCAAUUAUAUAGACAGAGGUUACUUAGUCAGAUCACACAAAACUGGUGGUGUUGACAGAGAAGUUCGGCGAAAACGCCGACUUGAAAAAAGGCGUCAAAAACGCAUGCGCAAAUUAAUGCGGAAACGCCGGAAGAGUAUGCGUAGUAAAAAACGAAGACGCGACGGUAAAGUGAAGACAAAGGGAAAUAAAAAACGGAAGAAUAAAAAUAAGAAAAAGAAUAAGAAUAAGAAUAAACGCGGAAGACGUGGCAAGAAAAACAAAAAUCAAAAAUCAAAAGGUGAAAAAUCAAAAAUAACAAUCAUUCCAGGAAAAGAUGAUGAUAUUACCACCACGAGUGAUCUAAUGAACAAACUGGUUUCACAAGAGAUUCUAAAGAAGGACAAAAAGAAGGAGAAAGGAACAAAAUCAUAACAUUAAUGACAUUAUUUAUUAUUGCAUUACUGUGGUGUUUGUUUUAUUAAUGUCUAUUCAGUUUUUAACAGAGAUAAAAACAUAGCGGUAAAGCGGGUUCCUGCAAUGUAAUGACGUAUGCUAUGAAGAUGUUUCAAUGAUAAUUCAAUAAUUCUGAAAGUUGAUAAAAACAGGUUUUCUUUCAGUAUACUGGAAAUGCAACUUUGUUGCAUGUAAACGACUUCAAAACAGUCUGAUAUCAUGACAAAUGUUUCUUACCACGUUACCAUUCAGUGUUUUAUGUUUCAUAGUUCCACAACCUCCUAAUUGAACAAUGUUUGCAUCACGGUAUUACUAAAUGCAAUAUUUUGCAGUUUCAGGUAUAUAGUAUUUGUGGUACUUUUCAGCAAAAUGACAAGGAGGUUUAUUGCUGAAAAUCAAUAAAUUGGCAAAAAGGUUGUUCAAUAAUUAAAAUUUAAAAACACAUUUGUUGUAUUCAUGUAUUCGUUACGUAAUGUCUUUAAUGCUUGAUUUCGUUAUGAAUGCAAGAGCAAUACUGUUAUGGUUGGUAUUUAUAGGUCUAUAAUGCACUAAAAGUUUUUAGCUAUCAUUGUAUAUAGAUGUCGACGGUCAUUUUUUUUAACUGUAAAUAUUUCAUUUUUGAGUUCUACACUUGUCAAUAUAUUUGUUAUCAACUUUUGUCAUAAUUGUAUAAACAAACAAACAAAAAAAAGGACCAGAAGGAAGCUAGCUUCAGAUUUUGAAGUAAAGAGAAGAAGGUAUGCUAAUGCCACUUUUUGGUCCCUUGAAAUUAAAAAUUGAAAAAGUGUUAUAAAUCUUCAAAUUACCAAUAAUCAGAUGGUAAUAAGACAUAAGUCUGUCGGACAUCAGUAUUAUAUUAUUUUUAGGGUUUUCUUGCAUAUUGGCAUACGGGUUUCUAACUUCUUACCUUUUUAAUUGACCUUUCUGCACUAAAUUAUCCAGAUAAUAUUAGCCUGUUCAUUUAUCAAUUAAAUCAAUAUAGGUUUGAAAGACUUGAAUAAAUUUACUAUUUUUCCGAUUUCAUGGGCCACAUAAUGGCUCUUAUCAUAUCUCUUAUUUUUCCAUUGUUUUACUAAUCUCACUUUUUAUAUACUUUCACUUGUUUGUGAGCCUUGAAAAACAUAAUUAUUGGCAGCAAUUUAUGAAAUGUUAAAUUUUGCCUUGAUCAAGCUAAUUUGCGCCAUGACAAAUUGAAUAUUAACGAAUCUACGAAUAGCAUCUUAUUACAACAUGAAGCGGUAUCUUUUUAAGUCUGACCUGAUUUCCUUACUUAAAAAAAGCAUAAACACGGUAUUUAGUAAUCUAAAUAAGUAAAGGUGGUAACUAGGAAUAAAUCAUACACCAAAAGUAACAUGAAAGGAAAUAAAAAUACUUGAAGGUUUGCGAAAAGCCUUUAGAAACCUAUUCUUUAUGUUAAGCUCUAUAAAUAUGUCCUGCGUUUCUCUUGAUGUAACAAUAAAGUCUUUGUUUCCUUCUGAAUAAAAAUCAGUAAUAUAAUUUCUGUGAAAAGGAAAUACUUUCAUUAAGGGACAGGCCUUUGUUGCUUUUAAAUUAUUAGAUAUUAUCGCAAAAUAUGAUAUGAAAUUACAGCAUAUAGGUAUAAUUUCCCUCUCUAUUUUCAAUGUGAAACUAUUAUAACAUUAAUUUGGUAACAAGGGAUAAAUCAAGGGUUUUGUCAGUAAGGCAAAACGUAGGAAAAUUUAUUGGUUUUAAUUUUGCUUUGUUUGUCUAUUUACAACAUCUUAAAUCUUAUCUCUCAUUUUCCAAACUAUAUUGACACUUGGGAAAAUUAAUAGCAUGUCUAUCAAGUCUUCCGGGAGAAAAAAUGUGACAUUUUCCCGUAAAAUUUUGAGUUAACUUAGUAAAAUGUUAAAUUUGUUCGCUAAGGAUUAACUGGUAAGGCUCUCAAGUUUACACUAUAGAGACUUUAAUUUUGAUGAGGUCUUUACAUGCUGAGCAAACUUAUUUAUCAAGUUUUCAUUAAUUUGUUUACCAUUGCUUGUAUGUAAAUAAAUAACAUGUUUAAAUUGCUGACCUUUUUGUCUGUUUUCAGGGUACACAUAUUAUUUAAAUAUCUGAAGUUGUGAUAUGAUGUUUUGAUUUUGUAAGAUCAUCAAUGUUAUAAAAACUGUGAAACUUUGCAUAAUAAUAAUCAAAACAAAAACUUUUCAUUGUAUAUCAUUUAAAAUGUAAAAUAAAAAAUUAAGCCAAA